UAUUUUUAACAUCACGAAUUGUUGAAAAUGGCAUAUUUAACACAACAUCUGAAAAUAAUGAAAAAUUAGUUAAAAAAAGCUUUAAAAAAUAAAAGACCUGCUAACAUUUUGAAAAAUGAUUCUUUUUGAGAAAAUUUUGACGGUCGUAGAAAACGGGAACAUAGCACAUAAUUCCACACUAUCGAGGCAAGAUUUAGGUCGAUAUCAGGACUACUUUAGAGACAUAAAACAGCUGUUAAUAGAGCUGAAAUUAUACAUCAGCCAAAACACACGAAACUUCGAAGUGAGUAACUUGAAUAAACUGCAAACUGAAGACAGUGUAUGUACUAUUACGCAAAGAGAGAGUGCUUUAUAUCUUCUAUCCAAAGAAAAUGAUCGACUCAAGACGGCAGAAAAGAAUUUCGCCAAUGUUGUUAAAAACUUAGAAAUAAAAAAACACUGUGUGAAAAAUCCAUCAAUGAAGAAGGAAAUAUCUGCCACAGAAGCACACACUGAAGACACAGGAAAAGUAAUGAAGUCUACGAAAGCGCGGUAUAACGAAAAAUUAAAACGAAAUCCACUAUUAACUGACCUGGAACUAGAAGAUAAAACAGAAACGAAAAUUCAGCAGCAGCAGAUGGGUACAAACAAAAGUUAUGACAGACAACACCUCGAAAAAAUAAACAGUGAUAGUGACAUGAAGGAUAAAAUACUCGAAAUUGAGGCAAGCAUGAUGUCUGUUUCUCAAAAUCUACAAGAGAUCUUGUUAGAGCAACUAGACAAAGAAACCUCAGAAAUAGGACUAAAAAUACAUGAACCUAUACGAAACAUUACGCAAGAAGUUGAAUCAAAAGAGCUUCCAAUUAAACAAAAUGAAGCCAAACUUUCAGAUUCUAAAAACAAAAUAAAUGAAAUCACUCGGGAGAUUGAACAGCUAAAUGCAAAAAUGAAUACACUGAAUCAUAAACUUAUUACUCUUCACACUACCUUUGCAGAGAACACAAUAAGAUUUUUACAAAUCGAUAAAAUGGACGAAACAGUUCAAGAACAUGAAAACUUGGUCAAAAAUAGUGAGAGACACGAGCAACAGAAAAUUGAAGGACACCAAAAAGAACUGGAAAAGUUUGAAUCAGAAGCUCAAAAGAACGGUGAACAACAGCAAUUAAUUACAAAAGAUUUAACGGCUGAAGACGAAAGCAUCGAAAACCAAAAUGCCUUCAAAAGUGUUAAAACAACAUGUAACUCCAAUGAAAAGGAAAUUAAACGUCUGACCGAGGUCCAGAAGACGAAAAGAGCUAAAACAGUUUCAAAAAUACCAGUAAGGCAAAAGUGCCCUGAUUUACUAAACCUGGACACAAGCAAACGUAGUUUCAGAAUGAACUUGGAAUUGACGGCCAAAGAAAAAUACAAACAAAAAGGAAUACAAAGUAAAAAUAUUUGAUUAAGUGACAAGUUACUAGAAAUGACUUACAUAAUGUUCCUAUGCUUUAAAUUUCAACAAUUCGAAAAGAUAAA